CAAAACUUGAUUUGUUGGAGUGUCAAGUUCUAUUAUCUUUGAAGUUCACAAUAAGCUACCAUAAGCGGAAAGGCACAUUUAAAGUAACCUCAAUGUGUUUAAUGAAUUCACAAACCAGGAAGUUAAAACUAUUCGCAAAAUCAAGUUCAUCGAAUUCCUGCUUGAGUUACUAGACGAGUAAUGGCGAAACUAAUUACUGCAGAAUGUCUUACUAAAUUGAUAACAUUGUACAAAUCGUUGGAUGAUAAUGAAAGAAUAAAGCUGGGAAAAGAGGCACAGAAAGAAUGGUUUGAAGUCGUAGGGAAAAUAAAUAAAACACGGACCAGAGAGAAGAAAGAUCUACAAUGCAUUGAAACGUUUAUUGAGAAUGUGGCUAAUGGACAAAACCUAAGACCACUUAAGAUGUUAGACGUCGCUAAAGGCGCAUUUGAAAAACAUGUGUCACCAUUUCUCGAUGAGGAAAAAAGAAUCGCGGAGAAAACGGUGUCGAAUGAUAUCCAUCCCAAGACUUUCACUGAAAGAUCUACCGACACAUUCACCCAAACAAGCAAGGGAAUAGCAGAACGCUACCAAAGUAUCCGGCAUUCAGAUGAUAUUUCUAGCCAGUGGGACAAUGCGUAUGACGAACUAAAAGCACGAUAUACUGACAAAGACAUUGAGGGCAUUCUGCUUGGGAUAUUGCAGAAGGCGUAUCUUAAGUGUCGAAAAGAAGCAGACCGUACUUUGAACGCUUUGAUAACUUCUGAAAAAGAAAUCAUACAAGGAAGCAGAGCGGGGUCAAAAGGAAACAUUAUUCAAGAGGAAAAUGGAGCAGCUCUGGCACUUUUGAAGCAGUACAUUCAUGUGCACGCUAAGUAUGCAGUUCCCAGGAUGCAAAAGACAUUUCUGAAGACGAAAUUGAUGAAAGGCUACACAGCUGAGUCCUUCAGCCAUCUGACAGUAUUUGCACAAGACUGUGUAGAGGUAUGCUGGUACAUGGCCGUCGAAGAUCCUCCCAUUGUUUUAGACACCACCGGUCCGGGAAGUCCCUUUGAGACGGCAUUGUACGAUUUCUAUAUCAAGAAGGGAUCUAAGAUUGACCAGAUAGUUUGGCCGGCUCUUCGCAUCUUCAAAAGCGGUCUGAUACUUGCCAAAGGCGUUGCAUCAGGAAAAUGAAACAAAAACACUUCAUGCAAUAUACUUGAUAUCAUAUGUUACUAUGUUGACGGAAAGUUAUAAAUUUAAACACACA